AUCGCCCGACGCCGAAAUGAAAAAGGAGGAUGACGAUAACGGAAAAUCUUCCCCUGAAUCUUUUCCUGUAGAUGAUUUCACAUCAGAUUGUUUGGACAAGGACAUGUCACAAUUGCAUCAUGGUAAAUCCAGCACAGAAUCGUCAAAACACGAUUGGCAUGACGUGACACAGGAAUUCAUUGAGGCCUCGAGAGAACUUGGUCUAGGGGAGUUACUCCAUGAUGCAAGCUUUGGCUUGUUUGAGGCAAUGUCUGCCAUUGAGAUGAUGGACCCAAAGAUGGAUGCUGGUAUGAUGUGUAACCAGACUAAACGGAAAGUUCUAAACUUUGAAAAGUCUGUUCAGAGUGGAUUGAAGAUCAAAGAUUUUUCCAUGUCAGAAGUGAUUGGAAUUAUAGACACUACUCUGGCUUGUUUGGUUACUUGGCUAGAAGGCCACUCCUUGGCCCAGACUGUCUUCACCAAUCUUUACCUUCACAACCCAUAUGAAAUUGAAGAUAAAACCAUCAAAGCAUUUAGUAUCUGCACACUUAAACUGGUUGAUAUCAUCAGAGAUAGAAUCAAUAGAGCUUCAGUAUAUGAAGAGGAGGAUUUCCAGCCGAUGAGUUAUGGCUUCAAGAUGGCCUUUGACGUGACAGACAUGAGAGCCACUGGCAUGAUGAAGGAAGUGGAAGAAGACUUCAAUCGGCUGAUCAAGAACACAAGAAUCAAACCAGGGGAGGAGAGGGACAGUGCUACAAAGAAGGAGCAUGAAUCGGCUGUGGCUGUACACUCCAGAAUGAAGUUCUGUCGUCUGCUGUUUUCAACCCUUGUGGCAUUCUCCAAAGAAAAGUGCCAAGGAAUUGAAGAUGCUGACAAGUACCUCACCCAGAUGUCUGAGUUGUUACCUGUGAUGAAAGACUCGCUUGCUUUAGGUCUACAGCCCCAGGAGCAGGGAGAGGAAGCUGCAGAUUAUCCAACCAUUAUGGGGUUUGAACCUCUGGUUAAUCAGCGCCUUCUUCCACCAACGUUUCCAAGGUACACAAAGAUUAAGAGCCGUGAGGAAAUGAUGUCGUACAUGACGUCCCUUGUCUUCCGACUGAAAUGGGUCUGCCAGGGAACUGAGGAGGUGUCACUUCAUCAUGCACUGGAAUUUUUCCAUGAGUUCAGCCAACAAGCACCAUGUGUCCUAUCACGGUCCAUUUUACAGCUAAUCUACCUGCCCCAGAAUCGUCGCAUAUUAGGCAGUCAUCUGAUCACUGACAAUCUGCGAGACACGCUCAGGAACUUCAUUGCCCCACCAGGUUUGAUGCCAAGGGGCAUAAUUGCCAAUAAUGCCCAGGUGAAGGAGUACAUCGACACAUUCCUGACACGAGCUGUGAGACCGGUGUGUAGCCUGAUCCAGCUGACCGGUCAUAACCGAGCCCGGCAGCGGGACAAGUGGGCAGCAUUGUUAGAGGAACUAGCAACACUGCAGGAUGAGGCAGACAAGGUGGAUGGUUACCUGCAUGGAAUCCUAAUGAAAGCCGAUUCAAGCAGGCAACAUCUUGCCUGCUUCAGCACUUGGGUACUGUAUCACACGUUACAGGCUAUGAUCCAUUAUACGCUGGCGGGAUUCGAGUUGGAACUCUAUGCACCUCAUGAAUAUCACUAUGUUUAUUGGUACCUGUCGGAGUGUCUAUAUGGUUGGUUGAUCUCGACCCUGACUAGGACUGAUAGUUACGUUUAUGAACAGGAAAUGCUUGUUGCAGAGCAACAGCAAAAAGGAAGGGCUGCUAAGAAGAACAAAAAGAAAAAGAAGACUCGCCCUCAUGGUGUUGAGAUCACUCAGUGUCAAGCCUAUCAAAAUCUCUGUGGUGGCUAUUACAAGGCAGUUGUAGGUUUUACUCUCUGUGAUAAAAUGAAGGAGGCAAACUUUGAGUUUGAUAGCGAAGAAGUCCGGUUUAAUCAUCGGUUCUCGCCAUUCCGUCAUGUGUUAACACCCCCGGUGGUGCAGUAUUCACAUUUCAAGGAAAUGACAGACCUCCGCCGCUACGACAUGAAACCCACAUCAGAAGACCUAUACAUCUCUGCAUGUAAAUGCUUCCAACAAGCCAAGCUAUUAUUUGAAAAUCUGCCAAAUCAAAACUCGGAGGAAAUCCAGGCACUUAUCAAAGUGGCAAAGACGAACUUCGUUGUGAUGAAACUACUUGCUGGUGGACACAAAAAGACAUCAACAGAUGCACCCGAGUUUGACUUCACUGUGCAUAAGAUUUACCCUACGAUCAAAAUACCUUGAGGAUCAGAAAGUUCGGUAGUACAGGACAUGUGUUGGCAGAAGGACAUAUGGACUUCUAAAUCUGCUCAUCCCCGAGUUGAUUGAUGAUAUUCCUGUGUUGUAAUAUCGCAUUAAUAUGUGCUUUUGUGACUGAAAAUGUGCACUGCCUGUACAGUCAGUAUGAAUUCAUGAUACUUAGUACACCAGUCCCAAAGAGUUUAAAUCUUGCUAUUGGCUUGAGAGAUGGACAAGAUCAACUCAUUCACUUUAAAAGUGAAAACCUUAAUCUUAAUGAGGUGUUGCUACUAUUGGGCUGUCACUAAGGAUGAUGAAAGCGAUCCUGCAAAGACCUGUCUUAAUAAGGACAGUACUAUUGGUCCAUUUACAACUCCUAUGGAUAUGGUCGCCGAGUUUGUAACAUAUUGAGGUGGGGGAGGUUAAAACUCCACUAUAUUUUGUAAAUAAUGUGCCACUUUGUCUUUGUGCAGCUUUGCACAGAUUAAUAAAAUAAAACUCACUUGGAAGA